UAGAAGCACGAUGAAACGUUUUUGUGUUUUAAUACAAUUUCUAUCAGUGUUAAAUUUAGGACUUUGUUUUACAAAUGAGGAUAUUAUCAUCAGUACCUGUAUGAAGCAAUGUGACACAGCAUUGGAUAUUGUACAUGGAAGAGGAAGUUUGUUUUGUGAUGCAGAAUGCAGACAGCAUGAGUGUCAGACAGGAUGUGGAUAUUAUAAAACUGGAUUAAAUGCAUCAUGUAUAUCUGUUUGUGAUAAAACAGAUUCAAAGAAUGCUCAACCAUUACAAGAAAUUACAUCUCAAACAAAGAUACAGAACUGCGUAAGAGGAUGUAAUAUAGCUCUAGGAGAAUACGAAAAACGAAUAGAAAGGGAGUUGAGACCACUUCCAUUACCAGAAUUGAUAAGAGAAUCAAAGCAAUACUCGUCCAUAAUUUUACAAUGGGCAGGUAGAAUUCUAGAUACUGUCACAUAUUUGGUUCAUCGAAAGAUUGUAGAAUCCGGAUCAGAUGGUGGAUGGCAGUUACACAGUUCCACUAAACUACAACCAAAUGGCAACUUUCUUAUCACAGAUCUUCAUCCAUAUGUUACUUACAAGUUUAAGAUUAUUGCAGUUGUGAGCAAAUUUCACAUGUUAGAAUCAAAUGAAAGUGUGCCAAUUACUACAUUACCCCACGGAGUUCCAGCCUCGGCACCAUUAAUUAGCAGUCUCUCAGCGCCAUCACCAACAGUUAUAACUUUAUCAUGGCGACCACCAUUUUACACCAAUGGUCCAUUACUAGGAUACAGAAUCAAUCUGAACCCAAAGGGACAUCCAGAUUUAAAGGAAGUCACAAAAGAAGUUCCUGGCAAUGCAACAUCAUGGACAUUAGGACAACUCCAGUCAUCUCAGCUUUAUAUUGUCACCCUUUCGGCAUGGAAUGCUGCCGGGGAAGGACCUUCAAGUCAAGGAUCGGCUACUACUCUCAACCCGGGUAACUUAACUGUACAGGAGACACCUUAUCUGAUACUGGGAGCUGAUAAUCAAGUUUGUAAACAAAACAUCAAAAAUUUAAUUGGAUUGCCCAAGAAAAUUUAUGCAACAGAGUCAAGAGAUAUUAAAGUCACAGGAUUGGAAGUUAUAUUUGAGGCUGAAGGAGAAAUUAAAGGAGUUGGUAUUCAUACAAAAAGACAAGAAAUUAUUGUUAGUGAUUCUACCGGCAAAGUGCAUAUUGUUCCUGUAGGAGAUGAUAAAUCUAAUGCUAGAUCACACAUAUAUCCCAGUAUAUUAAGGCCUACUACUAUUAGUGUUGAUUGGUUGAAUGAUAGAGCUUUUAUCAUCAGUAGAGAUAGGAUUUACAGUUGUCCCCUGUAUGCUAAAACUGAUGUAUGUGUUGUUGUUAUUAGUGGUCUCAAGUCAAUUAAUGCUGAUGUUAAAGUUGAUCCCCUAAAUGGUUACAUGUAUUAUAGUGAUUACGGACUGGGGAGAGGUAUUUACCGUGUAGAUUUAGCAGAUGUUGGAAAACCAGGACCAAUUAAGCAAAAACAAAUGGUCUUCUACGACCGCAUCACAUCGUUUGCUAUGGAUUUUAGCAAUAUGCAACUUUACUAUCCUAACUCUACGAAAAACACCAUGAUGGCUUCAUAUUUUGAUGGUUCAGAUGUGCAGGAUAUUAGAAGAGAUGUUUCACAGGGCAACUUCUCCAACAUGUUGAGUAUGACUUACUAUGAUGGUAAAUUUUAUUGGUCCAGUGGAAAUGGUAUAAUAGGUGAAGAAUACGAUAAAGACCAUAAUACGUAUAGACAGAAUAAUCUACUCUUCUUUAACACACAUUACAGUGGUUUGAAUAUAUAUCACCCUACAGUACAACCCACACCAGUACCUUUUACUGCACCUAGAGGUAUCCAGGCAUUAUUUAAUUCAAAUUCAGCUCAGAUUUCUUGGAAAGCACCAGAAAAACUCCAAUAUCAAGGUAAUGGAGCAUGGAAUAAAUGGGACUAUACUGUAGAAAUACAGGCUAGUGGUAAUAGAUAUAACAGAUCAGUAAUAACUAAACGAGCUACAAAUACCAGCAUAACCAUAUCCAAAUUACAAUCGGAUAUUCGCUACUCUAUCAGGGUUAAAGCUGUGUCGGACACUGGAAUUGGACCCUGGUCCGAAGUAUUUAUGGGAAGAACCCUCAAAAAAGAAAUCAUACCAGUAAAGAUUUAUGUAGCAGGACAAGGAGAAAUACUGGAACAUGAUUUAAGGAAUCAUGAAGUUAAGACUGUUAUUAAAACUUCUACCAAAAUUACAGAUCUGACAUGGCAUAGUGAUAUGGUUAUGUGGACAACAUCAUCAGGUGAUCUAUACCGAUAUGACAGACACACAGGACAACAGUCUACUAUUAAAGAAGCUCACAUUGCCUCUUGUUUGGCAUAUGAUUGGUUGGGGAAAAAGAUCUUUUGGUCAGAACCUGAUAAACGUGUGAAGUGGAAAAGUCAUAGGAAAUCUUUAUUAAGGGAGCAUAGUCUAGGGCAGUGGGUGGAUAGUGUGAUAAGAAGAUCAGAUAUUCAUGGUAUUAUAAAUGAUUCAAUCUACCAAACGGCUGCCAGGGAUAUGGUUAUUGAUUCCGUUGCAGGUAGAAUUUAUUGGGCAACUAUUAAUACAAUUGAAUCAACUUAUUUAAAUGGUGAAGAUCAUACCCAAAUAUUCACCAUCCCUUUCUUUUCGGGUAAACAUGUCAUAAGUUUAACUAUCAACUUUGACCUUCAGAAGGUCAUGUGGUAUGUGAAGAGUUAUGAGAAUCAAGAUUUAUAUGUAGCCGAUUUAGUUGGUUUAAAUGGUGCAGAAUCAAGUUUAGCUGCUACCACUGUACAGAAGUUUGGUGAUUUUAACAAUAUCUUGAGAUCGUCAGGAUUACAGUAUUAUUCAUAUCAUCUAUUCUGGUUAGAUAAAUCAGAAUCUCUUGUAGUUGGUGAUCAGAAUGGCAAUUAUUCUUCUCUAAUAUCACCUGUAUCUCAAAAUAUUACAGCAUUUACUGUCAUACAUCCUUCUCUACAGAAAUACCCAGAUGGGUUGAAUUCAGAAACUACAGUAGUAAUACCCCAUCCCUUGGCAGCUGAAGAUAUUUCAGUUGUUGGUCAUUGGUCAAGAUUUAACGUCACAUGGACACCAGCAUCAGAAGUUAAUCAUGGUCAUGUUUAUUAUAAAGUAUAUAUACAAAUUAGAGAUUAUGCACAUCAUAUAAUAACGAAAGAGACCAGUUUUCCACGAGAAGGUAUCUCUCCAUAUACUCAGAUGACUGUAACUAUACAACCAUAUACCUACUGGGGCUACGCUGAUAAAAUAACAGUACCAAUUAGAUCUCCCAUGUCAGUACCUGAAAGUCCACAGACACCAAGAGUUUAUGUGACACAAGUAAAGAAUGCUUCCACUUCCCAACAAUCGUUAGCAGCUGAUUUCCGUUGGUCUACACCCGGUCUUAUUAACGGUAUACUACAGCAUCACUAUGUCUAUCACUGGGAGAGAGAUGAACGUGAUGCCACUGUUGUACGGCUACCAGGAACAGCCAGACACUUUACCUUAAAUCCUCUUAAACCAAAUAAAACUUACUUCUUCAAGGUUGAAGCCUGUACAGAGGCUGGAUGUGGUCCACAAUCAACAGCCGUUUCAGCAAAAACUGAUGCUGUGAACCCUGUACCACGACUUCUGAUAGCUACUAAAUCUGCUAUACGUAUUUCUGAGAUGGAUGAACAUCUGAAUUCCACUAUACUGUUACCCAGUGUUUCACCAUCAUCUAUGGCUUUCCUAGCACAAGAAGAUAGAACAUUCUGGAUUGAAAGAACUAAAUCUCUGUUUGUGGCUAAAGAAUCUAAUCAAGAACCUUUAAUGCAUCUAGAAAGUAGAGGUAAAGAUUUAAGUAUGGAUUGGAUUAGUAGAACAUUAUAUGUAGUAGAGGAAGGUGAUAAUAAUGCCAAUAGUAUAAAAGGAUAUCAUGUUGAUCAGAAUAAAUAUAGGACUGUUUUGGAUAGAAGUAGAAAUAUAGGGAGUGUUAUCUCGGAUCCUUAUACAAGUUCUUUAUUUUGGACAGAAAUAGAUAAUAAUGGCAAUGGACAUUUAUAUCGAAGUUGUUUAAAUGGUAGCAAUAUUGUAGAACUGUUUAAAGGAUCUAUCAGAAGAAGUAGAAGAAGUAUUAAUGCUGAUUGUUCGUGUGAAAUAAAUAUGAAUAUAUCACCAGUUAUAUCUACAGAUUAUACUGAUAAAGGAGCUACAGAGAUUGUUAUUGUAAAUAGAGAAAGUAAAACUAUUCUAGCUACAGAUGUAGAUGGUUGUACAUGUAGAGAAAUAUUUAAAGCAUCAACGUCAGAUGAUUAUGGUUUACCACCAGAUCUGAUAGCUAUAGAUCAUAUGAGAGUAUAUUGGUAUAAUAAAGAUGAAGGUCAACUGUAUAGUGUAUAUAAAGACAGUGGUAGUGGAUAUAUUAAACUAGAUCUACCAGAUGUAAAUGAUAUGGUAGCUUAUGGUGCUCAUUUACAGCCAUUACCAGAUUCUGUGUGUCUUGAUCCUGGUCCAUAUAAUGGAACUGUUGAAAGUAUCGAGGUCACUAAUACGUCAGUUCGAUUACGUUUAGAAGAGGUUAAACGUCCAGCAGUUUGUCAGGGUAUAAGUUUACCUAUAGACAAGUUUACAAUAUAUUAUCGUAAAGAUGAUACAAGUGUUAAAAAUGCUCAUACUGACUGUGGAUCACAGCCUGAUUCUUGUCUCUCUGUUGAGUCGUAUAAGAAAGAAGUAACUAUAGAUGGACUAGAUGUUUACAGUGAUUAUGUAUUUCAAGUUGCUGUCAGUAAUUAUUAUACUGAAUAUUUAUCUGAAGCACUGGGGAAACUUAUCAGAAUUUCUACACUUUAUGGAGCACCAUCCAAGCCUAGAAAUGUAUCUGCAGAGGCAUUGACACCCUUUGAAUUACGUGUGCAAUGGUUACCUCCUAUAAAGCGCAAUGGUCCAGAAGGCAAUGUGAUGUAUGUUGUCAGAUGGUCAACUAGAACUUCUGAUGGUGUUCAGUUAGAAGGACAGACCGAUAAGGUUACAAAAUCAAGACGAGGUUUUCUACAAACAGAUAUCAAAGGUCUGAGCCCUGGUCAGCUUUAUUAUCUCAAGGUUUUAGCCUAUCAAAAUGAACUAUACAAUGAAAGUCAUGUUAAUGUAACAACAUGUAAGACACCAGGAGAUAUCGAACUGGAUGAAGCUUUUAAUAAUGCUUUAAAAAUCAAGUGGACUUCACCUAGUGAUGGUAGUGUAAGACGGCAUAUGAUCUUCUAUACUCAGGAUGCCCAGGAUGGUCUGUUGGAAAAUACCAAUUUCUACCAUACAGAUAAUAACACACAGUAUAUAGAAACAGUGGAAAACCUUAAACCAAAUUCAAAAUACACUUUCCGAGUCAAAUUGGUGUACGAUUCACUUAAAGUUAUACAAUGGCCAGAAGACAAUCGGUUUACCUUCAAAACACUAGCUACUUCACCUGAUGCACCUCUACCACCUGUAGUGAUUCAAUUAAAGGCUGGAACACAUGAAAUACAGUGGGAAAAACCCAAUGAUAAUGGUGCAGCUAUUGAUCAAUAUAUUCUAGAAUACAGUGAAGCAGAGACAGGUUACUGGAAUUCCUUGUAUAAUGGUACAGAAGAGAGAUGGCUUAUGGAUCAUAAUAAACUUACUCCUGGUUCACAGUAUGUCUUCCGAGUAGCUGCACAAAAUAUUAAUGGACUAGGACCUUUCAGUCUUAAUAGCAGUCUGUUUGCAGCACUGCCUGUAGCUGAAUCAAGAGAUGAAACAGUAACUAUUACCAUAGCAGCAGUACUGUCUGUUAGUGUCAUAGCUCUAAUUGUUAUUAUUGCUAUUAUAUUAUGUCUCGUAACGAGAAAACGUCAAAUUGAAAAGAGCAAGGCGAGACAAUUUGUAGCAAUAAGAGGACCAGAUGUGGAAUUGGCUACAUUACGAGAACUUCCCCAUACAGCUGUUCAACAAAGCAAUACAUUAUAUGCCUUCAGCAUUGUACCCACUGAUGAAGAUAUUGCAUCUUUACCAUAUUUCCGUCGAGAUCAGUUGGUUCUAACUAGAUUUUUGGGCAGUGGUGCAUUUGGAGAAGUCUUUGAAGGUGUAGCUAAGAAUAUUGUUGAAAAUCCUGGUGAAACUAGGGUUGCUGUCAAGACAUUACGUAAAAGUGCAUCAGACCAGGAGAAAGAAGAAUUUCUAAAAGAAGCAUUAUUGAUGAGCAACUUUAAACAUGAACAUAUCUUAAGUUUAUUAGGAGUUUGUUUAGACAAUGAUCCACAGUUUAUUAUCAUGGAGUUAAUGGAAGGUGGAGAUCUGUUGUCGUAUUUGAGAUGCUGUAGAGCCACAAUUUCGAGUCCACCAAGAUUAUUUCUACCUGAUUUGGUCCGUGUUUGUGUAAAUGUAGCAGAUGGUUGUGAAUAUCUGGAAGGAAUGCAUUUUGUUCACAGAGAUUUAGCAGCUCGCAAUUGUUUAGUGUCCAGUAAAAAUCCAACAGAUAUGGUUGUAAAGAUUGGUGAUUUUGGUUUAGCGAGAGAUAUUUAUAAAAAUGAUUAUUAUCGUAAGGAAGGAGAAGGUUUAUUACCUGUAAGAUGGAUGUCACCAGAAUCGUUAGUUGAUGGUGUAUUUACCACACCUUCUGAUAUUUGGGCAUUUGGUAUUUUGAUGUGGGAGGUGAUAACACUAGGACAACAACCAUAUCCAGCUAGAACCAAUGUGGAAGUUCUCCAUUUUGUUAGAUCAGGAGGAAAAUUAGAUAAACCUGAUAAAUGUCCUGAAGAAAUAUAUGGUAUAAUGGAGAAAUGCUGGAGUUUUAAUCCACAAGAUCGGCCAUCAUUUUCCAGUAUUUUAGAUGAAUUAAAACAGAUUAAGCAGAAAUGUGCAGCCAUGUCAGCAGAUGAAAUUUUACAGUCAUCACCGCAAGCAGAUGGUAGCGGGCAUCGAGGGAACAACCAGACUAACAGGCGGGGCCAAUACGCUAGACAAGAAGUGCAUCCAAUCAGAUCGCAGCUUAUCAACCCAAACAGGGGGUGGAUCCGUGCGGCUAACGCCAACAAGCAAGAAAAAGCGUCUGAGGAACUUAUUGGGUGGAGCUGAACAAUCCAGUGAGAAGUUGGUGGUUGAUCUCUCUACUUCAGGUAGAAUAAAACGAACUGUAUCUUUUGAUGCUACUCAUCCAAAUGGUCAAAUUAACUACACACCUGUCUCUCUUCCUCCAACUGUUAGUGAACUUGAUCAUUUGGGUUAUUUGA